AUGGAGGGCGGUCGACGUUCUUCCACCGCGCUGCUGCUCCUCGCGCUUAUGCUCGCCGCCAGCAGCACUAACGCUGCAGCGGCGGCGCAGCGCCGCCAUCCGCCCGCCGACGGGAGCUACAAGCUCAUCACCAUUCUGACCAGUCACGGUGACAAGGUCAAGUUAGCCGUGAGCGCGGACGACUCGUCCAUCGCCGGCUUCGCCAACGGCAAAAACGACUGGUUCGCCAUACAAGGAAGCGACGACCUCCUGGAGCCCUUCCGCAACAGGUACGGUGGCGGCGGCGGCGACAUCCCCGGCCACGGUCUAGUCAAUCUGCUGGGUGCGCUGCUAAAGAAGAAUGCCACAUCGUAG